AUGGCAACAGACCAAGAAGCAUCUUCCUCAAGUUCUUCUAAUUCCAAUUUAACUCGAAGAACCUGUAGAUAUGAUGUCUUUCUUAGUUUUCGAGGUGAAGACACUCGUGUAAACUUCACAGAAUACUUGUGUCGUUUGUUAGUUAGGAGUGGACUCAGAGUUUUUAAAGAUGACACAGGACUUAGAAGAGGAGAAAUUAUCUCACAAGAACUGCUGCAAGCAAUUGAUGAAUCUCGUUCAGCAAUUGUUAUUCUCUCCAAAAGUUAUGCCUCUUCUUCAUGGUGUUUAGAUGAGCUUGAACAUAUUCCUGCCUCGAGAAAUAAACUAGGUCAAAUAGUUUUCCCCAUCUUUUAUUAUGUUGAUCCAUCUGAUGUAAGACAUCAGAGAGGAAACUUUGGUCAAGCUUUCACCAGACUUGAAGACAAGUUUCAGCGAGACCAAUCCAAGGUGCAAACAUGGAGGGAUUCUCUAACAGAAGUGGCUCAUUUAGCUGGUCUUGCUUCCGGUCAAUAUGGGUGCGAAGCAGAACUUGUUGAUAAUGUGGUUGAACAUUUACGGGACCGACUUCGUUCUGAUCUGCCACCUGUCAGUGAAGUGACUCACUAA